GAAUGACAUGACUAGGGGGCGGGGGGGUCAUAUCCACACACAGACAGACAGACAAGUGGAAGGACCAAUGCGUUCGUUGGUGGAGCAGUGAGUGAACCGCUAGCUGACGGAGCCACGGAAGAAUAAAUAGCACACGAAUUGAAUUAGAUGGGUAUAUGGGUCCACACGCACACGCCGACACACAGGGACUGACAACGGACAAAGCGCGCAAAAACAAGACACUGUGUGUGCAUCUACCAACCAACCACACCAACCGCACCACCCACACACGAUCUACCGUCCGUCACCGCUCCUUCUUUCUCUCUUGCUGCUGCCUUUUGUGGCUGACAUCUGUGUCACCACCAGCAUCAGCACUAGCAUCAGCAGUCUUUUCAUCCUCGUCUGCUGUCGGCACCUCAUCCGGCAGCAGCAUCAGGAAGCAGCACCCACCCACAACCAUCACCACCACAGCGGCCGCACCCAACACCACCAACAGAUUCAGCACGCUCUCGCUCGCAAAGGCUAUCGUCCCGUUAGCCAUGCGUCUGGCGCCCUUGACCAUUCUGGUGGGCAUCCCCCACAGCCCCUCAUACUGCCUCGCCAGCUGCCCCUUCAGCAGCCGAUCCAGCCCUUCCGGCAGCGAGUCGAUCGUGAGCAGAGUGUCGUCCUCGUAGAAAGCCUCUUUCUCCGCGUCAAUGACGACCACCUUGGGCAGCCGCGCAGCGUCGACACUGAAGGCUUCGAGUGACUCGCCCCACUGCACGCCAUUGACAUACCCGAAGAAGAAGUCGUUCUUGUGUCGUUUGGCCGCGGCCUGGAGGGCCUUCAGGUGGGUGUGAGCUGAGGGGGUGUCUGGGUCGAUGGCCAGCACAACAGUCCGCCGGCCCGCGUGUGUGAGGUCGAAGAAGUUGUCCCGGCCCAUCUCGCUGACCAGGGGAAACCGAUGCGCCUUGAGCCACGUCUGCAGCCACGCCAGAGUCUCGCUCUCGCUCUCGCCGCCCUGAGGCUCGCCGACAUCCAAGCGCACCAUCUGGCCCAUGUCGGCCGCGGCAAACACGUCUGGGUCCACCCCUUCCCCGACGCUUGUGAGCAGGAACACUUUGUCCGAGAAGGACUGCCGCUUCUCCCUCACUGUCGGGGGCGCCGCGUCGAUCCACACGUCGAGAGAAUACGUGACAGCGAAGAAGUGCCGAUCUCUGUACUCGACGGCCAGAUGGAGGUAGGCCAGGGGGACGAGAUGACCAGCACUACUCGGGGAAUGAGGGAUGAAGAGCAGACAGCCCACUGCUGAAGGGUCGAAGUCGUGGUGGUACGUGGUGAGGGCGGCCACCGAGUCCACGGCCUUCACAGGGGGCUGGAUCAUCCUCUCGCAAUACGCCACCAGGCUGUCGGCCUGCCGUCUGCCCCGGUAGCUCCGCGGCGGCAUGCCGUCUCGAAAGAACUUGACGGCUGGAUACCCCUUGAUGCCGUAUCGGCCACACAGCUUGCUCUCCUUUGAGCAGUCCACUUUGCCCAGCUGCACAGGGGUCUCCUCCCUCGCCAUGGUCUCGGCCGCCUGCUCGAACUCGGGCAUCAGACGCUUGCAGUGACCGCACCAUGGCGCGUAGAACUCUGGUCAAAAGUGGUAUAGAUCACACAUCUCUUCUCACACAGAUCUCGUGAGUGAUGUGUACCGAUGAGCCAGUCGCUUUCGCGCAGUUUGGCGUCGAAGUUGCUGCCGUGAAGCGUCGCCACUCGCUCGGGCAUUGGUGGUGCUGCUGCUGAUGCUUUGCUGAGGUCAUGCUGCUGCGAUGCUGCCGCUGCGCCAAUCAUCCACAGUGGCCACAGGGCGGCGAGCAAAAUGACUUCGCUCGCCGCCAUAGAAGCUGUCAAGGGGAUCACCAGCAGUCCAGCUCCCCG